AUGAAAGCAACAACGUCGACCGCAAAUACGACAGCUCACAAUGCUCUCCCGUCUGUUUCGUCCUCGUCGGCACGUGCAUCACGCAUAGCAAGCCAUUCGCACAUCAAAGGACUUGGGCUUACCAACGACGGUACGGCGGCUGGAGAUGCUGCUGGUUUCAUAGGCCAAACAAACGCACGAGAGGCGUGCGGAGUAGUCGUUGACCUCAUCAAGUCGCGCAAGUUUUCUGGUCGCGCACUUCUUCUCGCUGGCGCACCUGGUACUGGCAAGACGGCUCUUGCUCUUGCAAUCUCUCAUGAAUUAGGCACGAAGGUGCCAUUCUGUCCUAUUGUUGGGUCUGAGGUCUACAGCACAGAGGUGAAGAAAACGGAGGUGUUGUCAGAGACGUUCCGUCGGGCGAUAGGCCUGAGAAUAAAGGAGACCAAGGAGAUAUAUGAGGGUGAGGUGACUGAGUUGACGCCUGGCGAAGCAGAAAAUCCUUUGAGUGGAUACGGAAAAACCGUGUCGCACGUUAUUGUUGGGUUAAAAACCGUGAGGGGUACGAAGCAGUUGAGAAUGGACCCAAGCACCUACGAGGCGAUCAUGAAGGAGAAGAUCGUUGUGGGAGAUGUCAUUUACAUUGAGCAUGAUACUGGUUCGAUAAAGCGUGUCGGCCGCUCAGACGCUUACGCCUCGUCGUAUGACCUUGAGGCAGAAACAUACGUUCCGCUCCCCAAAGGCGACGUGCACAAACGGAAGGAACUUGUGCAGGAUGUGACCCUCGCCGAUCUCGAUGCGGCAAACGCCCGCCCACAAGGCGGGCAAGAUAUCAUGAGCGUCAUGGGUAGUCUCGUGCGUAGCGGUCGUACGGAGGUUACGGACAAGCUCCGACGGGAGGUCGACCGAGUCGUCAAGAGAUAUGUCGACCAAGGCGUUGCAGAAGUUGUUCCCGGUGUGGUGUUUAUCGACGAGGUGCACAUGCUCGAUAUCGAGUGUUUCACGUAUUUGAACGCGUUAUUGGAGUCUCCUAUGGCACCUACCGUUGUAUUAGCGACGAACCGAGGAAUGGCUACAGUACGCGGGACAGAUGACCUGCGCGCGCCGCACGGGAUCCCCGUAGACCUUCUCGACCGGUGUUUGAUUGUAAAGACAGAUUCGUACAAUCGCGAACAGAUCGCCAAGGUCCUGCAAGUACGCGCGAAUGUCGAAGGGCUGAAGCUCGGGCCGAAUGUUCUUGACCGGCUUUCUGCCGAGGGGGAAAAAGCAUCACUUCGAUACGCCUUACAACUCCUUACCCCUGCGUCGAUCCUCGCCGGUAUAGCAGAUCGCACGCAGAUCGAGGUGGACGACAUUGGCGAGAUGAAUGAGCUGUUCCUCGAUGCGAAGACAAGUGCGCGGAUGAUUGGACAGGACGGUGGAUAUGACGGUGGACGACUUGUGUAA